UCUGCCAACCCCCUUCUGAGAGUCUCACGCCUUCACAUCGAUCACCAAACUCGUGCGGUAGCAACUCUCAGAGCAAUCGCGCGCAUCAAUUCAUCCACGAUCGUCUCGCUGCUUUAUCUGCCCCGUGUUGUGAAGACCGCCAUACUUCUCAUGUCAUUCAACUAAACAACACCUUCCAUACCACAAGCACAGAGCCGCGGCUCGCCGAGCAACCGCUCCCCCUUCUUCUUUCCCCCACCCAGGAUCAGGGCGUGGCGGACGUGUAGACGGUUCGUAUCUUGAGUUCCUUGCGGUCUUGAUUGUUUGUUGCUCAUUGGGUUUCCCUGCUUGCUAUCGGAGCCAAGGUGUGUGCUAACACAGCGCCUGGAUACAGCCACCUAGUCUACCUUCCCCCACCUGAACUGGUGUCAACCUCUUCCUUCUCACUUCGUCAUGCCAUCCUUCUACACCCCUAGCCUGCAGGGCCUUCCUCCGACCCCGCCUCACAUCGUGAGUGGUGGCCGCAUGGAGCACGAGCAACCUUUCUACGUCCUGGGCCCCUCCGCUGCAUUCCCGCCUCGGUACUCCCAGAACGGCUGCGAGUUCAUCGAGCAGUAUUCCCAGGCCAAUUGCUAUCCCAAGUCGGCUGUCAACAUGAACGCUCAAUCCCGGGUUGGAGUACGCAACGGCCGCGAGAUGAAUGCCGCCCACUCUGCGAUGAACCAGCCCAUGUACGGCGCCAUGGCCACCGCCAAUGUUCUGCCGCCGCUCCGCAACAACGUUCAGCUGCCCCCGAUGGACAACGGCAUCGCGCCCCAUUACCGUCGCCAGGACAUGAUGGUGCAAGAGCAACCGCGCAAGGAGGAAAAGGCUACUGGAGGCGUCGCGGCGCAUCUGGACUAUGAGAUGGACCAGAUGUCCGACUACGUGGCUGAAAUGGCCCAGGGAAUGUAUGCUUUGUACAUCACCAAGAUCAACCUUGCAGAUAUUGACUUAGCGCGAAGCGUCUACCCAGGAUCGUCGGUCACCCCCCAGUUCCGAAAAUACGUCUACCAGAUCUUGUCGUCGACUCGGCUCCCGAGCUCGACCAUUCUCCUGGGUCUCUACUACCUCGCGAGUCGGAUGCGCAUGCUCUCUUCGGCCAAGGUGUUCCACUCUGGAAGCGGCCAGGUCUACCGGAUGCUCACUGUUGCUCUCCUUCUGGGAAGCAAGUUCUUGGACGACAACACCUUCCAGAACAAGUCGUGGGCUGAGGUUAGCAACAUUCCAGUCAGCGAGUUGAACUCGAUGGAAUUGGACUGGCUCUUUGCUUUCGAGUGGAAAAUCCACGAGCGCAUCCACGACAAGCAGGAUGGUUUUGCUACAUGGCUCAAGCACUGGGAAAACUGGCGUGCCAAGACGGCCGCCCGUGCCCAGGAGUCUCGCCACGCUCUGGCACCCAUCGACACGAACGUUUCCCGGCCCCAUCGUGUCUCGAAACCGCUGCUCUCCCCCGAAGGUCCCAUCCCUCCGCAGUACCAGCGCAGUUCCACCUUCGAAAACUCGUGGCUUAACCCGACCGCCUCUGAAUAUUCGCCCCCGUCCGCGCCGCACAGUGGCCCCAACACACCGGACUACUUUGCUGUUGGGCCUUGGGCGUACACCAACCCACCUCCGCCGUACACGCGUACUUGGGUGCCCACUCCACAACAGUACAUCCCUACAGCGCCUCCAUCGCAGCCGCCGUCGUACCAUCACACUCCGGCCUACGCUCUGCCUUUCGCGCAAAGUGUGUGGACUGGCCAUGGCUCGUCGUGCGGCUGUCUCUAUUGCAUCAAGCCUGCGGAGCACUACAUGUGCGCCAAUCCCUUCGGCUCGAUGCAACCGAUUGUCGCUUAGUGGUGCCACGACUCUCACCCGUUAAGCGUCAUCGUGCUGGGGAAAAAAGUU